AUGGCAUUGCUUGGAAGACGUAGUUUUCCAACUCCAAUUGUAAAGCCAUUGGCACCUUUUAUUAUUACCGCAGGCAUUGUGCUAUACACUGUUAAUAAAAUUGAAAAUGUAGCGCGAUCGAUUCCACCUUUUGAUACCGAUCCUCGUAAUCCAAGAGCUCUGUUGAACAAGAAACUUAAAGAGCAACAUCAUUAA